AUGAAAACGAUGAUGUUUUCCAUUCUAUUACUGCUUUUUAUCUCAAUACAACAAGUCAGAACGGGGUCCUUCUUAACCGGUACGUAUGAUCCGAACUCUACGGCUUUGAUCAAUGAAAGAAGUAACAUCAAGGAAAUCGACGUUCUUCGGCAGAUCAUCAACCAGGAAACUCUCAUCCGUUUAGCCGUGGUCAAGGAUGUUAAGGCAAUAGUGGACGAUGUUAGUUCUGUUAAGCGAAGCAUUGCGUCUACAGAAACGAUGAUCUUCUCUCUACAGAAGGCGCUAAAUACAUUGAAAAGCCAAGUCGAUUCCUUAAUUCGCGACAAUACUUUAGCGCAGACGGUAGAAUCAUUGAAAAGAAAGGUAGAUAUUCUGUUAAGUCAGGACAUGAUUUUAACACAGAGGAUAGAAAAAUUGGAAAGACGUGUUGAUACUCUAAGUAAGGAUAACGCUUUACAGCAUAUGGUAAAUACAUUGAAAACACAGGAUAAUUCUUUGAGUGGGGAACAGAGAAGAGAAAACAAGAAGAUUGCAAUGAAUUGUGAGAACAGGAUUCAAGAAACUGAGCAGAAGUUUAAUAGAAACAUCGCCGAUAUUUACGAACUUUUAAAUAACAGAACAUUGCUAACCGUUAACAAAGAUUUAAACAUAAAUAAAGAUUGUAAGGACCUCUAUAUCAAUGGUAAUACAAAAUCUGGUGUAUAUGAAAUAAAUCCGUUCGGUAUUGAGAGCAAGAUCAACGUGUUCUGUGUUAUGGUGACAGAAGGCGGAGGGUGGACAGCAAUCCAGAGACGAUUGAGCGGGUCAGUGAGUUUUGACAGGACAUGGGCGGAGUACAGGAAUGGUUUCGGGAACCUUUCUGACUCUUACUGGCUUGGAAAUGACGUAAUACAUCAGCUUACCAAGGGAAGGAACGCCUCCCUCUACGUGUCCAUCACAUUGCGUAAUGGGACAAAACUCUAUGAAUUAUACAACCAGUUUUCUGUUGCUGAUGAGACGAACAAUUACAGACUUUUUCUUGGAGGACCAGUUACCGGGACAUUGGGUGACAGAAUGUUAAACACGGGGAGUUCUAACAAUGAUCUGUCUGGGAUGUACUUCAGUACACCAGACAAGGAUAACGACAGGGCUAGCUAUAACUGUGCUGCUAACAGUUACCGUAGAGGAGGCUGGUGGUUUAACUACUGUCACUUGGCCUUCCUCAACGGUCAAUGGUCCCCGGCAGACUGGUGGUAUCCUUGGUGGCCUAAAGUAGAGAGUGGGACAAAUGUGAGGCAGACCAUGAUGUUAAUAAAACGUCACUAGAUGGACAUUCAAAAUUGAGAGACCAGGCCUCAAAUUGACGACGAUCAAAUGAAACAUUUCUGAUAAGAGAGACAAUUUU